AUUGUCAUUAUCAUUGUUAGCAAGAAACGUAAACUGAUCCAAGAUCAGUGUCCCAAAUACCACGGAACUUCCUCAACACGAACCUAAACGACGAGAUAGGUCAUAGCUUAGCCUAAAUCGAAAUUGUGUCAAGUUAUUGUUAAGGGGAAAUUGUGUUUUUCAUCAGCUUUGUUUUAAAAAAGAGGAAGAGUUGCGAGUCAUUGAACCACAGACGAAGGGGAUUUUUGUGGAUGUGUGUUAUGAUUUACGAUAAUCUUACAUAAAACACAUGCAAGGGUGGGAACCUAAAGGGAACCAACUCUCACUUGCAUUAUUUCUUUGAAUGUUGUGAAAGUUUAGGUGGAAAUGGAGAGCACCCCGAUUUUAAGCGGCUAUGGGUCUUAUGGCACCGCCAAUCCUGGAUAUGCACCAAUAGCAGAAGGAAGUCCAGCAAUGUUUGCCCCGCCUGUGUGCGACUUCCACGGCCCUAGCGCUCCUCCAGCCAGUAUGUUUGACACCGUGCCAGGAUAUGAAGGGACGGUGGCCGGGGGUGAAGGUGGAUACCUGCCCCCUCCUAUGCCAUCUUACCCAGCCCCUCAGCCCCAGCCUGGUCCCGCACAAUCAAACUGGAAUAUCCCAUCUAUCACCGAAGACACUGCCCGGGAGGCCUUUAGCCAGUAUGCCUCCAGUAAGUGCUGUUACAGUUCAGCACCAGUUAAGGAUGGCGUGAUAACCAACAUGGAGGCAUACAAUACAUAUAGGUAUCGCCUAGAAACCUUUAAUGAGUCAAGAACCACUGAAUGGAGUCAGCAGCCAUACAAUGGUCAGCCAGUGGAUGCCUAUACCCAAUCACCCCCUGGGCCCUGGGAUAUCCCUGCCAAAGCCCCCACCUUUUUUCAGGAUGACAAACAGGUCAUCAAAGUUCCCAACACCUCAUCUGUCAAGAACUGUCAUACCUGUUUGGGGAUGGGAAGAACUCCCUGCAAUGAAUGUGCCGGAGUUGGUAAUAAAAUCUGCUGGGUGUGCAAUGGAGCUGGUAACCGUAGUAGUGGUGAUCGAUGCCAUCAUUGCCAAGGGAGGGGAAGGGUCAAUUGCAGCCAUUGUCAUGGUCAAGGGUCAAGGGAGUGUAAGACCUGUAAAGGCAAACGACAGCUUUUGGUCUUCAUCAACCUCAAGGUUAUAUGGACUAAUAAUCUUGACGACUACAUUGUGGAACAGUCGAGUGGUUUGCAUGUGGUCAACCUGAGCAAGGUGUCCGGGCAGGAAAUGUUUAGGGACGCUCAGUACAUGGUAAAAACAAAAGUCAUAUUUUUAUGGGAAUAUGACAUCAGUCUGCAUGAAAUGAAGAUAUUUGGUGAUGUAUGUGAGACAGUGGGUUUUUCCUAUCAGUUUUUAUCCUCUGUCGUGCAGGUUUACCCAGUGAUGGGGUUCCCAGACUCUAAUGUGGUGCGUGCUGCAGAGCGUUUAGUGAGGGAGCACCAAGCCAGGUUCUCUCAGACCUCACGCAUUCUACAACAGCGCCAGACCAUUGAGUUGAUUCCUGUCACCAAGGUGACCUACAAAUGGAAGGGAGACUCACACAUUUACUUUGUCUAUGGAAAUGAGUUCAAAGUCAGCGCUGAUAACUACCCAGCUACCUGUUGCUGCACAGUAAUGUAACCCAGAUUUGCUUCAGAGGAAGACAUUGCUUUGAUUAUAUUGAAUAUGACUCUGUGUUCUAAAGAAUGUGAUUAUAAAGGAGUUUGUGGUUGGCAGACUGUCAAUCAGGCAAUUUGUUAUGUCAUUAAACAAAUGCAUUAAUUUUUGGAAUAUUUGUAUUUUCUACUUGCAAAAAACCCCACACUUUUUGUGAAAUAGACAUGGAUGUAAUACAAUUUCCACAGGAGUCAUUGGGGACCACACAGGCCCUAGGAUGAACCUACUGGGCACACACUGGUUGAAUCAAUGUUGUUUCCACAUAUUUUCAAUGAAAUUGAACCAACGUGGAAUAAACGUCUGUGCCCAGUGGGAAUAAGUGAAGAUGGAAGACUGGCUGUAAUGUAUAAUGUACUGAAACCUAUGCAUUGCGCUAUGUGAUAGUUCUGUCAUUUGUGAACAUGUCUGCUAAUUUGUACUCUUUUUCAUGAAUGUAUACAACAAAUAUCUGUGUGAUUGAUGUUCAAUGGAAGGCUGAAUAUCAUUCCCAUUGUAUGUUAUACUAUUUUCUUCUAGAUAUGUCACCUUACAAAACAGAAAUAUGAACAUUGAUACAAUUGAAUGAAAUAACCACAUUUGGGGAAUAACCGGACAUAUCUUGAGUGUUUUCUAAUCCAUUAAUAUUUGUUGUAUAAAUAAAGGAUUUCAUACUGUG